AUGUCGUUCGAGGAGGAAGAAGAGGAAGAGACAUUCGAGCACACACUUCUCGUGGUGCGUGAGGUCAACGUCUACAAGAUCCCGCCGCGAACCACAUCCGGGGGAUACAAGUGCGGUGAAUGGCUUCAGUCCGAUAAGAUCUGGUCUGGGCGACUCCGCGUUGUAUCCUGCAAGGAUCGAUGCGAGAUCCGGCUCGAGGAUUCGAACUCCGGCGAUCUGUUUGCAGCUUGUUUCGUGGAUCCCGGCCGGAGAGAGAACUCCGUCGAGCCGUCUCUCGAUUCGUCUAGGUACUUCGUUCUGAGGAUCGACGACGGGCGUGGGAAGUAUGCGUUUAUCGGGCUAGGAUUCGCUGAGAGGAUAAGUUCAUCUUAUACACUACAAUGA